AUGUCGUACCUUCUCCCGCACCUCCGCUCCGGCUGGGCCGUGGACCAGGCGAUCCUCACCGAGGAGGAGCGCGUCGUGUGCCUGCGCUUCGGCCGCGACGGCGACGAGACGUGCAUGCAGAUGGACGAGACGCUCGCGAGCGUGUCGGACAAGGUGAAGAACUUCGCGGUCAUCUACUGCGUGGACAUCGACGAGGUCCCUGACUUCAACACGAUGUACGAGCUCUACGACCCGUGCACGUGCAUGUUCUUCUUCCGGAACAAGCACAUCAUGAUCGAUCUCGGGACGGGUAACAACAACAAGGUGAACUGGGCGAUGGACGACAAGCAGGAGUUCAUCGACAUCCUCGAGGUCAUCUUCGCGGGCGCGAGGAAAGGACGCGGUCUCGUCGUGUCCCCGAAGGACUACUCCACGAAGUACCGGUAUUGAUCGUCGGUCGUCUUAGGUUCUUCUAUUCGACGUCAGCGCGCGCGUGCUAAUUAGUCUAGGCAAUGGAAACGUCGUCGUCGUCGUC